CGUGCUGACGUCACGGGCCGGAGGUCCCGGGGCUGCUGGGUGAGGGCGGUGGGCUGCGCGUCGUCCUCUGGACCAGGUCCCGGGUCCCGCCCCGCCAAGCCCCGCCCCUCAGGCCGGGGCGCGACCGCGGAUCCUCAGUUCCCGGGCCAGCCUGGGGCGGCCGGCCAGGAACCAGCCGUUGAGGGUCUCACUCUGUUGCCCAGGCUGGAGUGCAGUGGCACCAUCUCAGCUCACUGCAGCCUCUGCUUCCAGGUUCAAGCGAUUCUCCUGCCUCAGCCUCCUGAGUAGCUGGGACUACAGGUGUCUUCUCUUUAGGGAUGGUGAGGUUGGAAAAAGGCUCCCGUAACCCUCCUCCAGGAUGAACCACCUGCCAGAAGACAUGGAGAACGCUCUCACCGGGAGCCAGAGCUCCCAUGCUUCUCUGCGCAACGUCCAUUCCAUCAACCCCACACAACUCAUGGCCAGGAUUGAGUCCUAUGAAGGAAGGGAAAAGAAAGGCAUAUCUGAUGUCAGGAGGACUUUCUGUUUGUUUGUCACCUUUGACCUCUUAUUUGUAACGUUACUGUGGAUAAUAGAGUUAAAUGUGAAUGGAGGCAUUGAGAACACAUUAGAGAAGGAGGUGAUGCAGUAUGACUACUAUUCUUCAUAUUUUGAUAUAUUUCUUUUGGCAGUUUUUCGAUUUAAAGUGUUAAUACUUGCAUAUGCUGUGUGCAGACUGCGCCAUUGGUGGGCAAUAGCGUUGACAACGGCAGUGACCAGUGCCUUUUUACUAGCAAAAGUGAUCCUUUCGAAGCUUUUCUCUCAAGGGGCUUUUGGCUAUGUGCUGCCCAUCAUUUCAUUCAUCCUUGCCUGGAUUGAGACGUGGUUCCUGGAUUUCAAAGUGUUACCUCAAGAAGCAGAAGAAGAAAACAGACUCCUGAUAGUUCAGGAUGCUUCAGAGAGGGCAGCACUUAUACCUGGUGGUCUUUCUGAUGGUCAGUUUUAUUCCCCUCCUGAAUCUGAAGCAGGAUCUGAAGAAGCUGAAGAAAAACAGGACAGUGAGAAACCACUUUUAGAACUAUGAGUACUACUUUUGUUAAAGUAAGUGUUUGAAAUGAAACUGUAACAACAAAGUAGUUAAGUAUGGAGAUUUCCUUUGAGUAGAGUCAAAGUAGAAUUCAAAGAAUAAGAGUGUAAGGAUAGCCAGAUUUGUCUUACUUGCAUGAAUUUAUCAGUCACAUUUUAUUAAUGCCAAGUGUCUUAACAUUUUUUAUGUAGGUAUACAUUUAUAAGGUUUGAAAAAUACCUCAGAUUUCUAAAUUUCUAAAGAAUAUAGAUGAAUUUAUGUUAGUUUACUUGGCCAGAAUGUCUACAUGCCAGUCACAUAUCAGUGUUUUAAUGACAAGUACUAAUCUAUGUUAAGAGGACAGCAGUCCUGUGAGACGCAGGUGCUGUCAUCAUCUCCAUUUUACAUUUGAAGCAGCAGGGACAUAGAAUGGGUCACUUAUCCAAGGUUGCACAGCUAGACUUGGCAGCACUGGGGCUCAGGCCCACACUGUCUGGUACCAGGUCCACUGCAGCCCCUCACUGGGAUAUUUCUCAAGGAUUUUGGAGCCUCUGAGAUGAAAGCUGCUGUACAUCCAAAGCAGUCAUGCUUAAUGGGCUCCAAAGUGGAACACAUUGUUAAAUCCCUUUAAGUCAUCAAAGAAAAUCAUUUUAACCUCAUAAAUAGAAGGCAAUUGAGGUAAAUUGUAGUAGCAGCAAAUCUGCCUGACAGUUUAACCACAGAAGGAAAAAGCUGCCAGAUUGUGAGUCAUUGGGAAGCUGGGAUAGAGGCUGGCUGGGUGGGAAAGGCAGCCAAGGUAAUGGCGCAUGGAGCCCCAGUGCCUGCCUCCUCAGCCCCCAGCACACCUCAGCCGCAUCUCUCCACCACAGUUAUGUAGACAGAAAGCAAAAAUGUGGGCAUGCUGGUAGUUGAGCCUUUUCUGAAAUAUUUUAACAUGAAUUCUAGUGUGACCACACCCAUGGUCCUUCAUGUGUCUGUCACAGCCCCUCUUCAGCACACAGACGUUUAUGUACAUGUAAGGUGACCGUGGCAUUUUGCCUUUUAAUGCUAUUUCUUAAAUACUUUUGUCUUCUCUCUUUUUCUAAGUGUGAAAAACCCUCACAGAAAGUCAUCGAGGCAAAAAGAGGCAGGCAGUGGUGUCUCCCUGUUGACAGUAAAGUUGAAAUGGUGACGUCCACUGCUGGCUUUAUUGAACAGCUAAUAAAGAUUUAUUUAUUGUAAUACCUCACAGACAUUGUACCAUAUCCAUGCACAUUUAGUUGCCUGCCUGUGGCUGGUAAGGUAAUGUCAUGAUUCAUCCUCUCUUCAGUGAGACUGAGUCUGAUGUGUUAACGAAUAGGUGAAGAAAGUCUUGUGCUGUAUUCCUAAUCAAAAGACUUAAUAUAUUGAAGUAACACUUUUUUAGUAAGCAAGAUACCUUUUUAUUUCAAUUCACAGAAUGGAAUUUUUUUGUUUCAUGUCUCAGAUUUAUUUUGUAUUUCUUUUUUAACACCCUACAUUUCCCUUGUUUUUUAACUCAUGCACAUGUGCUCUUUGUACAGUUUUAAAAAGUGUAAUAAAAUCUGAUAUGUCAAUGUGGCUAGUUUUAUUUUUCUUGUUUUGCAUUAUGUAUAUGGCCUGAAGUGUUGGACUUGCAAAAGGGGAAGAAAGAGGAAUUGCGAAUACAUGUAAAAUGUCACCAGACAUUUGUAUUAUUUUUAUCAUGAAAUCAUGUUUUUCUCUGAGAGAUUGUUCUGAAAUGUUCGAAAUACUCUUAUUUUGAAUGCACAAAAUGACUUAAACCAUUCAUAUCAUGUUUCCUUUGCGUUCAGCCAAUUUCAAUUAAAAUGAACUAAAUUAUA